ACAGAGGAUGUGACGUCAGGCGGAAGUGCCGCUUGUGUAGCGGAGACAAACAUCAGACCCGUCCGGCUGGUUCUGGUCCAUCUGAAGGGACUGCGGAGGUCAGGGAGCCGGAGCCGGAGCCGGAGCCGGUCUGCAUGGCGGUCACAGUUUCCGCGGGAGGGCCGGCCCUCGUUAUGGAGAACGGACAGAGCACCACCACCAAGCUGGGCCUGCCGCCGCUGACCCCCAACCAGCAGGAGGCCCUGCAGAAGUUUCCCAGCAGCCAUUGUGUAUCUGCUCACAGCACCUCGCCGCAGAACUCUCAGUCCGAGCAACAAAGACUUUUGAAUAAGGAUGCGCCGAUCCGGCUUUCUCAGCCCCAAGUCCAGUACCUGGGCUUUGGGUUCCGACCCCUGCAUGUGAGUCAGCAUCGGGCCGGUAUCCGGGAUCAGGAUCGGUGCAUCCACCCGGGAGCAGCGUCGUGUUCAGUCUUCAGCCUGUCUCUGCAGGGUUUCGCCUUCGUAGAGUACGAGAUGCCCGAGGCGGCUCAGCUGGCUCUGGAACAGAUGAACUCUGUCGUCCUCGGGGGCAGAAACAUCAAGGUCGGAAGGCCCAGUAACAUCGGCCAAGCUCAGCCAAUCAUUGACCAGCUGGCGGAGGAAGCGCGUGCCUUCAACAGGAUCUACGUGGCGUCCGUCCACCCCGACCUCUCCGAUGACGACAUCAAGAGCGUGUUUGAGGCCUUCGGAAGGAUCAAGUCCUGCAUGUUGGCCCGCGAGCCGACAACCGGACGGCACAAAGGCUACGGCUUCAUCGAGUACGACAAGGCGCAGUCCUCUCAGGACGCCGUCGCAUCCAUGAACCUGUUUGACCUGGGGGGUCAGUACCUGCGGGUGGGGAAGGCCGUGACUCCGCCCGUACCCCUCCUCACGCCGCCGACCCCCGGAGGUCUCCCCGCCGCUGCCGCUGUGGCUGCCGCUGCUGCCACCGCCAAGAUCACUGCCCAGGAGGCGGUGGGAGCGUCGGUGCUCGGAGCUCUGGCCGGACCGGCGCUCCUCUCUCAGCAGCUGGGAGGACUUCCUCAGGCUGUCAUGGCGGCUCAGGCUCCAGGUGUCAUCACAGGUGUGACCCCGGUCCGCCCCGGCCUGCCUCAGGUGGGCUUGGUGAACCCGGUGCUGGCCACGGCCCCGGCGUCCGCGGCCUCGUUCAGCUCUGAACUGAAGAGGAAAGAGGAGGAGGAGCGUCAGCAGGAGGCGCAGCAGGACGGAGCCACGGAGCCGCUCAGCGAGCAGGAGCACAUGAGCAUCAGCGGCAGCAGCGCCAGGCACAUGGUGAUGAGGAAGCUGCUCCGCAAGCAGGAGUCCACCGUGAUGGUCCUGAGGAACAUGGUCGGUCCUGACGACAUCGAUGACGACCUGGAGGGCGAGGUCACCGAGGAGUGCGGGAAGUUCGGCCGGGUGAAGCGCGUGGUCAUCUACCAGGAGCGUCAGGGCGAGGAGGACGACGCCGACGUCAUCGUUAAGAUCUUUGUGGAGUUUUCGGAGGCGGCCGAGAUGAACCGGGCCAUCCAGGCGCUCAACCACCGCUGGUUUGGAGGACGCAAGGUGGUCGCAGAGGUGUACGACCAGGAGCGCUUCGACAGCAGCGACCUGACGGCGUAGAACACACACGCUCCUCUUUCUAUUUUUUUAUCGCUGUUUGUCUCCAGAGAAACUUUUCUGUGCUGCGUUCAAAGGACCCGACCGCUGUUUGUCACGUUUUAACAACACGUCGCUCCUGCUGACCGUUUCCCAGAUCAGCGCCGUUUAUAACAGGCUGGACGCCGCUGGGGCGAAGGCUUCAGGGACCCUGGGACAUCUGAGUCCUGUGAAACGCUCAGCAGGAGUGAAACAUGAACGUGACUGCAGUGCAGAUGUUCCCAGCAGAAACAUCCGGUGUACGUCCUCUGACUGAUGUUCCUGAACGCACCACACCAUCACCUGUCAUUGUAGCGUGGAUCCACAGAGAAAUAAACACCUGGAUGAAGGUGUGUUCAGGUGUCAGACGCAGAAAUGUGUGAAUAAAACUCUUUCUUUGUUUUUUUA